AGUUAGAGUGCUUGACGGCACAGGUGUUAUGGGGCGAUUACACUGCUGAAAAAGGUUGUGCCUGCGCUCAAAGAACGUCGUUAGGAAUAGGGGUUUGCAAGGAUGCGGCAUAACUGGUGUUAGGAAAUAGGAAAGAUGCGAAGCUAGUCGGUGCGCAUAAGACAGAUUACAUAGAUAAUGGCGACGUCCGAUGGACGUUUCCAGCUAUACAACUCACCGUCCCCUGGGGCGACGGGGUCGCUCAUGCAACUACUUUAUGAACACAACGACUAUCCCAAUGUCAAUACUGGAAUUGUAUGCCCCGCGGGUGGAACUGAGCCGUGCCCAGGAUACAGUUCAGGUCCUACCCUUGCAAUGGACUUUGUGCCACAUCCCUCUAUAGCUUGCAGCCAGCCGCAGCUUUUCCAGCACCAAACAGGCAGCUCUGCCGCAGAACAUGAAGGCUCAGCUCUGCAUGGACCCCAAGGAAUGGUUACAGCGGACUGCCCUUCGCAAGCCCAGGACUUUCCGAUGGAUAGUGAGGAGUUCAUGACCUCGCUGCAGCUCGCUAAUGAGGAGCCCUCAGGGGCAAAUCGCCGUCGUGGGCGCAAGGCUGGACCUCGGGUCCCGGACCUGCAGCAGAAGCUUGAAGCUCUGACGGAGCAGUUUCAACAGCUGAGCCGCGAGAACGUCUUCAUGCGCAAUACGCAGAAGAUCCUGGAAACGCUGGUCUCAUCUCGCGUCAGGAGCGCCGGCUUGCUCGCAAAGCUGCAGUCGCUGGCGCAGGGGCAGCCAUCCCAGGCGGGGCCAGCAACAGACCUCCUGGCAGUGCCUAGGCCGGUGCCUCCAGCAGAGCCGGCGCCUGGCGUGCCGCCCGACCUCGAAUUCACGUGGUCAGAGGCUCGUGCAGAAGUGGCCAUGGCACGGCUAAAGCUGGCGUCAUCUCGUGCUGGAGUCCGUGCAGGCGAGCGGAGUGCCGUACCGCAGCACAGCGAAGCCGCCGCCUCGUCUGAGGCCCUUCUUGUGGGCAAGGCUGCCAGAAGCGGCAAGGCGCGGAAGGGGCCCUCCGAUGCGCCUCUGGUGGUGGCCAUGUGCCCGGGCCCGGAUGGAGAAGCGCCGCCCAUGUCGCCGGAGGUGGUUAAGCAGCUGCAGCACGUCACAUCGGAGGAGUUCUGCAUGCUUUGGAAACAUGUGUGUCCCCAGCUGGCAAUGCUGCUUGUGGGCGCUGAGGCGCACGGAGUCGGCAGCCCCCCCUACCUGCGGCUGGAGCGCUAUCUUGAGCGUUUCUUGAUCUAUGCCAAGAAGGUCCUGCUGAUCUCGCCAACCUGCUUUCUGGAGAGCUUGUACAAGAACGUGGAAACGGGGCAGCCUGAGCAGCCGAGCGAAUACUUUUGGGUAUCUUGCGCUCGCGCCCUGCAACUCAACUCGCAGCAGCUGCGGGACGCCGUUUCCUUGGCGAGCAUGCAUGAGCGCAACGUGGCGCCGGUGGUGCAGCAGCGGCAGCAGCUGGCGGCACAGCUGUCGUCGGGGCUGGCGGCGGUGGUGGCGAACGCUCCCAAGACGUGCAAGGAUAUGGCGAACCGCUACUGUGUAGACGAAAUGGCCCGGCAGUUGGAGCGGAGCGCCUUCAAGGAGCACCAGACGCACAUGUACCUAACCGACUUCCUGUGCACCAGCGUGCUAACGCCCCUGCAAGUGGCCAAAUCGGUGGUCGUCGCCUACCCGUACAUCCCCGACAAUGUGGCGCUCCUGCACGCCGCAAAGGUGCUAUCCGGAGACUCCGGCAACCAGCUGCAGCAGCCAGCGAACCAGCGGGCGCCCAACCCCAACCCGGCGGCGGCUGCGACAGCCUUGCCCGCGCUUGGCAGCAGCAGCGGGUAUGGCUGCGGGUAGGCUGGCAGGAGCUGCGACUGCCGUAAGAGCAUCGCCAAGUGAUGCGUUAGUGGUUGGGCUGCUGCAGCCGGCAGCGCAGUUGAAUGAAUGGGGGGGUUGCGCACCUCCGGGUGCAGCCUCGGGCGCUGCCCCUUGGGGCAGCACCAAAUGCAGGGAGUAAGGCGUUGAUGGUUGUUGGAGGAACGCAAGCAGGAUGAUUGGCGGUCUUGGCUUCCGCUGGUGGUUGGAUUUGGGUCUUAAGAAGCUCUUUGGGCAGAGUCGCUCGCACGUGAUACAUUGUUAGGGCUUCUACACGCACAGCGCAUUUUCCACGUCGUACACCACUGGCAGCCACUCGGGUCGUACGAGUGGCUGCCUUUAUU